AUGCAGCUGACUACUUUCGCUGCCGUUGCGCUUCUAGCGCAAAAUGGCGCCGCUCAGUUCGGUAACACUAUGUUGCGAUUCGCGUGCUCUCAGUUGGUUGUCGACCGUAUCGACCCCUUGGUGAACCCGGGCAUGAAGUACACUCCUCACCUUCACCAGCUGGUCGGCGGCAACUCCCUAAACGUAACCAUGGACCCCGAGGUUCACGACCUGGCCGCCUCGACGUGCACGUCCUGCACGUUCAAGGAGGACAAGUCCAACUACUGGACCGCCGUCAUGUUCUUCAAGGCUAAGAACGGAACGUACAAGAGAGUUCCCCAGGUCGGCAACGGCGGACCGCAAGGAAAGUUGAUCAACAAGGGCGGUCUCGAUCUCUACUACAUCCCCAGCGGCAAGGUUACCGCUUUCAAGAAGGGUUUCCGCAUGUUAGCCGGUAACGCCGCCAACACCGACCCCAGCAAGGUCCAGAAGGCGAACAUCUGCCACCGAUGCUGGACGUCGCCCAACGAGAACACGUUCGUCGGUGGUGCUCCUUGCACCGGUUCCGACACCGUCGACAUUCCCAGUUCCCAGAGCUGCAAGAUGAUCCGACAAACCAUCAUCUUCCCCACAUGUUGGGAUGGCAAGAACCUGGACAGCCCGGACCACCAAAGCCACGUCUCCUACAGCUCCGGCUCCGGCGCUACCGGUGGCGGUGCCUGCCCGUCGACUCACCCCGUCAAGCUCCCUCAGAUCAUGUACGAGCUGAUGUGGAACGUCACCGAGUUCGCCAACAGCCCCGACUUCCCCACCGACGGCUCGAACCCGUACGUCUACUCCAUGAACAUCGGCGGCCCCGCUGCUCACGGUGACUACCUCUUCGGCUGGGAAGGCGACACUCUCCAGAAGGCCAUGGACAACAUCGGAAGCUGUGGUCUCAACACCGACUGUGCUACCGCUGGUAUUCACGCCCAGACGCCCGACCAGUACAGCUCCUGCACACUCGAGCAACAAGCUCCUGAGGACGUUGAUGGCUGGCUCACGGCUCUCCCCAUGGGCGAGAUGGCUAUCAAGGCUUAG